CCUGGCGCCUAAACCACCGGAGCACGUGCAGGGAGAGAGCGCGAGAGGGAGAGGGAGAGCGGGGGGGAGGGCGCGAGAUGCUGCUGCUGCUGCUGCUGCUGUUGCGGCGGCGGUCGCGCGCCAGGGCUGCGCUCGUGGCUCUCCUCUGUGUGUCGCUGGCGUCCUGCGGGGUCGCGUGCGGUCCGGGGAGGGGUUACGGCAAGAACCGCAGGCACCCCAGGAAACUGACCCCCUUGGUGUACAAGCAGUUCGUCCCCAAUGUGGCCGAGAAGACGCUGGGCGCGAGCGGGCGCUACGAGGGCAAGAUCACGAGGAACUCGGAGAGGUUCAAGGAGCUGAGUCCCAACUACAACCCGGACAUCAUCUUCAAGGACGAGGAGAACACGAGCGCAGACAGACUCAUGACACAGAGAUGCAAGGAGAAGCUGAACUCCCUGGCCAUCUCAGUCAUGAACCAGUGGCCCGGAGUCAAGUUGCGGGUCACAGAGGGCUGGGACGAGGACGGACACCACCUAGAAGAGUCGCUCCACUAUGAGGGCAGGGCGGUGGACAUCACCACCUCAGACAGGGACAAAAGCAAGUAUGGAACACUGUCGCGCCUUGCUGUGGAGGCCGGGUUCGACUGGGUCUACUACGAGUCCAAGGCCCACAUCCACUGCUCUGUAAAAGCAGAAAACUCAGUCGCUGCCAAGUCGGGUGGCUGUUUUCCCGGGGGGGCUCGAGUCACCCUGGAGGACGGCACUCAGAAACGGGUCCGAGACCUACGCGUGGGCGACAGGGUGCUGGCCGCGGACCCCCGAGGGAACCUCGUCUUCAGUGACGUCAUAAUGUUCCUGGACCGAGACGUGGACACGAGGCGCGUGUUCCACGUCAUCGAGACGCGGGAGCCGCGCAGGACGCUCACGCUCACGGCCGCGCAUCUGCUCUUCGUCGUGCGCAACGCGACGGCUCCCGGGAGCCACACGGUGGCGAUAUUCGCCAGCGACGUGCGGCCCGGACACAGGGUGCUGGUCGUGGACCACCUGCUCGGCAGAUUGAGGGCCGUCACCGUGGAGCGCGUUUACACGGAGGAACACGGGGGGUCCUUCGCCCCAGUGACCACCGAAGGCACACUCGUGGUGGACGGGGUCCUGGCCUCGUGCUACGCAGCCAUCCGGGAUCACACGUGGGCUCACUGGGCGCUUGCGCCCGUCAGGUGGACCUACACGUUGGGCUCGUUCCUACUUCCCAAGGGAGGCAUCGUGGGGGACGAGCUCGUGGAGGUGGGCGGGGUCCACUGGUACCCGAGGAUGCUGUACCACAUAGGCACGUGGGUGCUGGACGCGCAGGCACUCCACCCCCUGGGGAUGGCAGCCAGCUCGAGCUGAAACGACCCCCUGGAGUGUGUGCUGGAGGUAAUGCGCUCAAGAUCACACGGGUACACACACGCAGGGAUACGCGCACUCACUCAGGGAUGCGGACUAAGCCAGAGCCCCGCAUUCAUGUCGGAAUAUUUCUUACAGUUUUCUGUGACAUGUAAACGUUCAAAGCGCAGCCUUAAAAAACGUCCAUUCAUUAGUUUUUGCUCUGACUGGGGAAUUAAUAUUCUACAUUUUGGGAACCCAAACAGGACUGGGUUUCGGUGCUACGUCACACCUCUGUUCUAUUUUUGUAUCUCAAGCGGACAAAGACGAGCAGUCCAAAGCCCACGUGGACAACUCA